CUCAUCUUUCCUCUUUUUAGGCACCUCACUUUUCCCCCAAUAAAACCCAUCAUUUUCUCUUGAUAAAUUCUCCUCCUUCUUCUUCAUAACCAAAGUCUUUCCUCAAUCAACCAGGGUUUAAAUUCCUACAAGCUCUUCAAGGUCAAAAUCAAGAAAGUCAAAGUCAAAAUGAGUACAACCACAAAGUUUAUAAAAUGUGUUACGGUUGGAGAUGGAGCAGUUGGAAAGACUUGUCUUCUUAUUUCCUACACCAGCAACACUUUCCCCACUGAUUAUGUUCCAACGGUUUUUGAUAAUUUUAGUGCAAGUGUUACUGUUGAUGGCCAAGUUGUGAAUUUGGGUCUGUGGGAUACUGCUGGUCAAGAAGACUACAAUAGGUUAAGGCCACUGAGCUACAGAGGAGCUGAUGUUUUCAUCCUUGCUUUUUCAUUGAUAAGUAGACCUAGCUUCGAGAACAUUUCCAAAAAGUGGAUCCCAGAGUUGCGGCAUUACGCACCCUCGGUGCCUAUUGUUCUUGUGGGGACAAAGCUAGAUUUGAGAGAAGACAAGAAGUUUCUAAUGGACUAUCCAGGGGCUUCUACUAUAUCCACAUCACAGGGUGAAGAACUAAAGAAGCAAAUAGGGGCAGUGGGCUAUGUGGAAUGCAGCUCCAAGACACAACAGAGUGUGAAGACGGUAUUUGACGUGGCAAUCAAGGCAGUCCUUCAACCUUCAAAACCAAGCAAACAAAAGAAACGACGUCUAGGAUGUCUUGUACUGUGAAAAGAUUUUUAUAAAACAAGUUACAAAUUCUGAAAAUCAUCACAACUCAUAUUUCCUAGCUUUAUGAUUAUCCAAUUGGGAAUGCUUGUGUUGUUCAUAAAUAUAAUGAUGAUUCCCUGAAACUAAAGUAUCUUUUAUGUUUUAUUCAUUCUUUUCCUUUUGACUUUUAA